AUAUAUUUUUUCUUAGAUACACAAUGAGCGCAGCCAAGGAUAUCGCUGACUGGGCAACAAACGAGCUCGGUUUCCGCAAAAAGGCGACUCUGGUGACUAUGCGCGGCACAGAGAAGCUCUCCGAAUCCAAUAUUCAGCCGCUGCUCCAAGGCGAUCUCUCCUCAAUCCUUGCCUUCCUAGCUCGCCACACCGUCUCCAAACACACCGCCCAGCACGCGCGCCACCGCCUGACCUCCUACCACAGCGACUCUCCUUAUGCCUAUUCUGAUCUGCGCAAGCAGCUCAACGAACGCACUUGUACAUACAUGCAAUCCCAGCAGGAGCUCGAUGAGCUUGCAUUGCAGAACCAAAAUGCCGUGCAGGCCAUUGAGAGUCUGGCAGAAGAGGUGAAAAUGGCGCAACUGCGGAUUCGCGAGCGCCGCACGCGCGUGCUUGUCCGCCAAGCGAUGGCUGUGCAUUUAAGGCGGCUGGUUUCAUGCGCUGAGCAGUUGAUCGGCGCUGAGGUGGGCUUGAGGGCACGGGCUGAGGGCGCCAGGCGGGCGAUACGUGCGUUGGCCGAACACGCACUGGAGCAGCGGCGCGCUAUGGUGGCUAGCGUCAUUUCAUUGCUAAAGGAACUGCAGGACCGCCAUGUAAGGCUCUGGAGCGAGAUCAAUGAGAUGAAGGCAAAGCGGAUCUCCAGACAUCUCAAUGCACAGGCGGCACCAAAUAGCGCACCGCGCGAUUUCAGGUAAGGUUCACUGGGCGACACUGUCUAUGUUGAUUGUGGAAUUGUCCAGCACAAAUGAGCCCUCCAGCAAGGUUCCCUUAUCUGCUAAGCUCGGUCUUUAGGAAUGCGGUAUUGCGUGCAGUCGAGGCGGACGCGCUGGCGCAGGUCAGCGGGAGAGUUCGCUGGAUUUGUGCCAGAAAUCGGCCCUGCGGAUGCUAGCGACUCGGGGAUGUGGGCAAAGGCGGAUUCAUAUGAGCAGGU